UCCCAGUGGGUAUAGCAAUGAUCAAGUUGACUUUUAUAAAGCCAACCCCAACAGUUCUCUAUGGAAUAAAAACCUUGAAAUUUGUUGAACUGUGGAACGCCAGCAAGGUCGCCUCUUUUUCAUUUCCAGGCCUAAUUGAGGUAACAACAAGAAUUUUCCCAGUUAACCAGAAGAUUAUUAGGGGGGAGGAAAGGAUGAUCUAUGCUUCUCUAAAUUCGGUUAGGCAGACAUUGGAGGAGCUGCUGAAUCAAGAUUUAUGUCUAUUUCCUGAAAAGAGAGCAACAUUUGAAGUUCUUCAUAAUGAGGUUAGUUAUUUGCAGGCUUUUAUUCAACUACCUUCAGCAACAAAACCCGAGAUGAGAAUUUGGGAGAGGCUGAUAAGAGAUGUGGCUUAUAAAGCCGAAUACGCUAUUGAGUUAUAUCUAUGCACAAGUCAUAUUAAUAGAAGUGGUGAGAAUGAAGGAAAUGCACAUAUGAUAUCACAAGAUGGAUUGCAAGAAUUACUCAGAGAAAUUUCUUCGGUAAACAAGAAACUGAAGACCAUUAAUCCGUCUGCUCAUGGCACCAAAGAUUUCCAAGCAGGGAGUCGUUACUUGGUAAUUCAUCAGAACAAGAAAACAGAUUUUGGGACUUCAAUGAUCACUUGGAAAGAAUCAGAUGUCGACUCUUUAGAUUGUCAUCUGAACUCAAUAUUGUCCCAAUAGUAGGUAUGGGUGAAAUAGGCAAAACUGCUCUUGCCAGAGCCUCUUAUAAUGAUCCUUGCUUGGUGAAUCGUUUUGAUAUCCGUGCUUGGAUUACUGUCUCCCAACAGUAUCAGGUUAGGGAAAUGCUAUUAGGCAUUUUGCGCCAUAUCACUGAUCUCUCUGAUGCCUACACAAAAACCAAUGAUGAAUUAGGCGAUCAGCUAUACAAAAGCUUGAAAUUUAAGCGUUUUCUUGUUGUCUUGGAUGAUGUUUGGAGUAUUGAGGCUUGGGAUAAUUUGAGAAGAUCUUUCCCAGAUGACAAAAAUGGACAUAUCUGUUUAGUUAGUUGUACGAUUAGGUCCAUCAUGUAGCGGAUAGUCUGGAAUGCAGCAAAUUAUUAGUGUAUAGUCUGGAUAGUAACAUGUUGAUACGAUUAGAGUUCAUUUAACUUAAAGAAUCUGCUUAUUAGUGAAAACAGUUUUUGAUUAAUAUGCUAUAGGAAGCUACUGGAUGCAGAACCAUAAAGUUUCCUGCAGCGUCAAAACUUCUCUGCUCUCCUUGUUGAUGUUUCAGUGUCAACUUUCAUCCAAUCUUUC